GUGUUAGCUGUGUUCCCUGACAAGGCAUACACGCUGGCAGGGCCCUGAGCUGCCUCCAGCAUUGCCCAGGUGUUGAGGGAUGGGCUGGCUGCUCUCCUGCCUGCCAAGGGCCCUGUGCCCAGCUACUGCAUCCCUCUCACCCCACCACGGUCCCAGCCAGGAGCCGCCCCCUCCUUCACCUCUCGGGAGAGCGUCUCUUCCCCCCGUUUGGCAUUUCUCCGGCUCUAAUUGAGCUGUCAAUGGGCAGAGAUAAUAGGGAAUUCGUUAGCUCUGUCUUUGAUGUCUGCCCGCCCUGCGACCGCAGCGCCAGCUGCAACUCCUUCGCAAACAAACAGCUUCAGACGAGAUCCCUUGGCACGGCGAACUGCCAGCCGCACGGUCGACUCCCCAAAUCGCUGCCGUUCCAGCCUCAUGGAACAGACCCCCUGUUACCUCCAGCAGCACCCCCUCGGCAGCCAAGUUCCCCCAUAGGGACCUACAGCUGCAUCCCAAAGGCACCCGGGCUCCGCUACCCGCCGUGCCAGACCCCCGGGGACACCCAGCAGCAGCCCUCCUUCUAAACCCCUCUCCAGGGCCAGCCGCGGGGCAGCGGGUACCGCCGUCCGCAGCAAGGGGCCCGCGUCCUGCAGGGGCCCCGUGCCGGUAUCAGCGGGCGCCCAUCCCCGGUGCCUCGGGGCGGGCCGCGGCGGACCGGGCGGCUGCGCACACGGGCGGCCGGGCCCGCCUCCGCCGCUCGGCUCGGCAGCACCGCGGACAGCGCCCGGCCCCGAGAGGCUCCGCACGGCCCCGGUGACGGCGUCGGUCCGGUCCGGUCCGGCCCCCCCGGCACGGCACAGCCCGGCCCGGCGCCCGCCGCGCCAUGGCCACGGAGGUGCACAGCCUGCAGGAGCUGCGGCGCAGCGCGUCCCUGGCCACCAAGGUCUUCGUGCAGCGGGAUUACAGUGAUGGGACCACAUGCCAGUUCCAGACAAAGUUUCCCCCUGAACUGGAGAGCCGGAUUGAGCGGCAACUCUUUGAGGAAACUGUGAAAACCCUAAACGGCUUCUACGCUGAGGCAGAGAAGAUUGGGGGCAGCUCAUACCUGGAGGGGUGCCUGGCCUGUGCCACUGCCUAUUUCAUCUUCCUUUGCAUGGAGACACAUUAUGAGAAGGUACUGAAGAAGAUCUCCAAGUAUAUCCAGGACCAGAACGAGAAGAUCUAUGCGCCACGGGGGCUGCUGCUCACUGAUCCUCUGGAGCGUGGCAUGAGGGUUAUUGAGAUCUCCAUCUACGAGGACCGGUGCAGCAGCGGCAGCUCCAGCAGCGGCAGCUCCAGCAGCAGCAGCGGUGGGGGUGGUGGGGCGGGGGGCCGGUGACUGGCAGGGAGUCCCUGCAGGGACUCGUACUGCCGGGACAGUGGCCUCUCCGAGCUCCGCAGGCUGCACUACCAGAGCACCCGCUUCUGAGCCCAGGGAGAGCGGGAGGGGGAGGCUGUGGCUACCCGGUGGGGCUGCCCACCCCCAUCUACUCUAUGCCCCCCACAGUGAGUCUGGCCCUGAUCGGACCCACUGUGGGCAGGGGCUAGUGCUGGGGUAUCCCAGGUGCUUCCCACUGAGCCAAACUGUUGCCAAGGGGCUCCCGCAGCCCUCUGUGUUCUUGGUGCUGCUGUCCCUUCCCCAAGCGAAUGGGGCUUGCCCUGCUGUGGGCAGCCACAGGUGGCAGUGCCCUGUUGCCAUGGAUCGGGGAGUCAGGGGAUUGGAAAAGCCCUCAGCAGCACUAAGGGGGGGAUGCACACUUAGCCCCAUGACCACAGGCACUGAGCUCUUGCUUCACCCCCUCCUUGGGGCACCCUGCUCUUGGUGCUACGGCGUGGGCUCAGCUGCUGCGUGUCCACUGCCCAGGGUGUCUGCAGAGCCUUGGUGCCGCUUCUUUUGCAUGAUGGUGCCAUACAUUCUCCCCAGCCCUGCCCCAAAUGCUGCCUGUUGCUGCUCCCCAGCCUUGGCCACAUGCUCUCACCCAUCUGGCAGUGCAUCCUCGCCAGCAGCAUCCUCGCCAGCAGCAUCCUUUAGCACUACCAUGACACUGGGCACUUGCUUCUGCUCCCUCCCUGACCUGGUGCUAAACCCAGCUGGACCCAGAAAGCUCCCCAGCCCAGUGUCCAAGGCAGGGAGGUGCAGUGCUGGGCAGGCUCCUGCCCCUGUGCCAUGUGCCCCGGGCUCAUGCAUGGCCCAGUAUAGUUGAGGCUAAGCUGUGGCAUGGCUGAGGCAGGCUCCCUGCCCAGUCCUGGCAGAGCCUGCCCAUACCUGGCUGCAGCUCCCUGUCUGCACUGCCCCAUGACCUGCUUCAAUGCAGGGACAGUGCCUGGUGGAGCAGCUCCACCGGGACCCUUCCUCUCACACUGCUGAGCCCUCUCCUGCCCACGUGUCCUGCAUGCAUCUGCCACCAGCACCCUAAUUCUCAGCCUGGCCUGUGGUGGGGACCCCAAUGGGCACCUGGGCUUGGCUGCAAGGUGUGGAGGUUCAUGGUCCAGGGUCAGAUAGGGGGAAAUACAAGGGUCCCUGUGACAUCCAGCACCUCGAGGAGAAGAACUCCUGUCCGGGUGCAGGGCUGAACCGAGCCAGCAUUUCUCUCCUGGGGUCCUGGAGGGAGGACUCUGCCCUGUGGGACUCCCUUUGGCUCGGUCAUGACGUGUGUGAGGGGUGGCCCUGGCCUCAACAUUCCUGCUGGAGCCCCCCUGCAUGGAGACCUUCCUCAAUAAACCCCACGCUUCUUCUCCCACUGCC